AUGAAGUUGCUCAACCUCAACGACGGCGUCGAGGCCGGCGUCAUUUGCGUAGAACCCACCCUCACAAACGAUGGCAUGGACGCCCGCAACCUAACAAAGGCCCACAAGGGCCCCAUUGUCACCCACCUAGAGCACCUCCCCCGCGGCAUCCACGAGACGUCUGAGGAGAGGAAAAACCACUGGUUCGUCGGCUCCAUCGACCAAGGCACCACCUCUUCCCGCUUCCUUAUCUUCAACGGCGAGGGCGACCCCGUUGCCAGCCACCAGAUUGAGUUUGAGAACCUCUACCCCAAGUCAGGAUGGCACGAGCACGAUCCCAUGACCCUGCUCAACUCGGUCGAGGAGUGCAUUGAGGGUGCUAUGCGUAAGUUCCAACGACUAGGCUUCUCCAAGAACGACAUCCGCUCCAUCGGCAUUACCAACCAGCGCGAGACCACCCUUGUUUGGGACCACGAAACCGGCGAGCCUCUCUAUAACGCCGUCGUCUGGGCCGAUACUCGCACCAAGUCCAUUGUCCGCGACCUCAAGGCCAAGGAUGGCGCCGAUGCCAUCAAGGACCUUAGCGGUCUUCCCCUCUCCACCUACCCCAGCAGCGUCAAGCUUCUUUGGCUCAUUGAGAACGUCGAGGCCGUCAAGCAGGCCUACGAAGAAGGCCGCCUCGCCUUCGGCACUGUCGACACUUGGCUCAUCUACAAGCUCAAUGGCGGCGCCCAGGCUGAGAGCCCCGUCCACGUAACAGACAGCACCAACGCCAGCAGAACCAUGUUCAUGAACAUCCGCACUUUGCAGUAUGACGACAAGCUACUAGGAUUCUUCGGCAUUGACCGAACUAAGGUGCAUUUGCCCAAGAUCGUCCCUUCGUCGGACCCUGAAUGCUUCGGUCGCAUUGCCAGUGGUGCGCUGUCGGGUGUGCCGAUCGCUGGCUGCUUGGGCGAUCAAUCCAGCGCCCUGGUAGGCCAGUGCGGCUUCAACCCCGGCCAAGCCAAGAACACUUAUGGCACUGGUUGCUUCCUUCUCUACAACGUCGGCACCGAGCCCGUCAUCUCCCAGUACGGUCUUCUGUCCACUGUCGCCUACGACUUUGGCCAGGGCCGCCCGCCCGUCUACGCCCUUGAGGGCAGCAUUGCCGUCGCCGGUGCCGGCGUCACCUUCCUCCAGAACAACCUCAACUUCAUUGAGAACGCCAAGCAAAUCAACGACCUCGCCGAGUCGGUGCCCGAUAACGGAGGUGUUGUGUUCGUCACCGCCUUCAGCGGCCUGUUCGCCCCUUACUGGAUCGAUGAUGCAAAGGGAACUUUGUUCGGAAUUACCCAACACACCCAAAAGGGACACAUUGCUCGUGCCACUCUCGAGGCUACCUGCUUCCAGACCAAGGCCAUCCUUGAUGCCAUGGAGAAGGACUCGGGCUGCAAGCUCAAGCUUCUCGCUGUCGAUGGCGGUCUCUCCAACUCGGACCUGACCAUGCAGACCCAGGCUGACAUUAGCGGCAUUCCCGUUGAUCGCCCGGCCAUGUGCGAAACCACCGCUCUCGGCGCUGCCAUUGCUGCCGGCCUCGCUACCGGUGUCUGGAGCGAUACCGCAGAGCUCCAGGAAGUCAACCGGAACGGCCGGAAGGUCUUCGAGCCCAAGAUCUCUCGCAAGUGUGCCGAUAAGAGGUUCAAGAAGUGGAACCAGGCUGUCCAGAUGAGCCGCGGCUGGCUACAAGACAACGACAACGAAGACGACGAGUGCGACGAGGAGGAGAAGAAGGCCUAA